AAACCGGAGGCAAGAAUGGGUCAGAAGGUCACCGGGGGGAUCAAGACAGUGGACAUACAGGACCCCACAUACCGGCCACUGAAGCAGGAGCUGCAGGGCCUGGACUACUGCAAGCCCACCCGCCUGGACCUGCUGCUGGACAUGCCCCCGGUGUCCCAUGACGUGCAGCUGCUGCACUCAUGGAACAACAACGACCGCUCGCUCAACGUCUUCGUGAAAGAGGACGACAAGCUCAUCUUCCACCGCCACCCGGUGGCCCAGAGCACGGACGCCAUCCGGGGCAAGGUCGGGUACACGCGGGGGCUACACGUGUGGCAGAUCACAUGGGCCAUGCGGCAGCGGGGCACCCAUGCUGUGGUGGGGGUGGCCACGGCGGACGCCCCCCUGCACUCCGUCGGGUACACGACGCUCGUGGGGAACAACCACGAGUCCUGGGGCUGGGACUUGGGGCGCAACCGGCUCUACCACGAUGGCAAGAACCAGCCGAGCAAAACGUACCCCGCCUUCCUGGAGCCCGACGAGACCUUCAUUGUCCCCGACUCCUUCCUGGUGGCCCUGGACAUGGAUGACGGGACCCUGAGCUUCAUUGUGGAUGGACAGUACAUGGGAGUGGCUUUUCGGGGACUCAAAGGCAAAAAACUGUAUCCUGUAGUGAGUGCCGUCUGGGGCCACUGUGAGAUCCGCAUGCGCUACUUGAACGGGCUCGAUCCCGAGCCCCUGCCACUCAUGGAUCUCUGCCGACGCUCAGUGCGCCUGGCCCUGGGGAAGGAGCGCCUCGGGGAGAUCCGCACACUGCCGCUGCCCGCCGCGCUCAGGGCCUACCUCCUGUACCAGUGA